GAGGCAGCAUAUCCUGAGCUGAGCCGUAUGUUGACUUGAAUGGUGUUAAGCUGGAAAAUGCACGGGUUUUCUCUAUGCAAUCAUUGUCUUCAACCGCGCAUAAAGAGCUACUGGUUCGCUGAAUGUUAGCAGCUUCUCCAGAAGAUUGCAGGAAACGUUCAAAAUCUUUAGGGGAUGUCAAGCUGUCCGCGUCCAGAACUGACUGAUCCGGCUGCUAAGACAUGCUUCAAGUUUGACCUUGCAGCACAGGAGAGGUUUUCACCAUGAAGGUUCCCAGCACCAGAUGGGCGUUCUUACUGGGUUUCCUGGUGGGGAUGUGCUGCAUGUACUUCUCCUUGCAGCAGGUGUGGUUUGAACAAAAUUACCAUGUACAUUCAGAAGCUCAGGAAACGGCCACAGUAGCAGGAGAGAGACCGACCAGCUGGAGAAAGGAAGGAGGUGCACUCCUCAACCUGCUGCUUCCUCACCAUCCAGAUGAAGACAGCCAGGUAGCAGAUAUGCUGUCCCAGAGGGUUCGUAUUCUCUGUUGGGUGAUGACGGGGCCAUAUAACCUCCAGAGCAGGGCCCGUCAUGUCCGAGCCACUUGGAGUCGACAUUGUGAUGUUGUGUUGUUUAUGAGCUCCGUGGAAGACCCCUCCUUUCCCACUGUGGGGCUGGGCACUAAAGAGGGCCGCGAUCAACUCUACUGGAAAACCAUUCAGGCCUUUCACUACGUCUACGAGCACCACAUGAACCAAGCUGACUGGUUCCUUAAAGCGGACGAUGACACCUUUGUGGUGGUUGAUAACCUACGUUGGCUUCUGUCCAACCACACCCCUGAAGAGCCCAUCUAUUUUGGUAAACGCUUUAAGCCGUACACCAAACAGGGUUACAUGAGUGGAGGUGCAGGUUAUGUGCUCAGUAAGGAGGCCCUCAGACGGUUUGUCAAAGGUUUCCGAACCAAGGCUUGCACACACACGACUCCUGUCGAAGACCUGGCGCUGGGGCAGUGUUUGGAGAAGAUGGGUGUUCUGGCUGGGGACUCCAGAGACACGUUGCACAGAGAAACUUUUCACCCGUUUGUGCCAGAGCACCUUCUCACCACAAAGUUCCCUAAGAGCUUCUGGUACUGGAGUUAUUGUUUUUACCCAAUUGUUGAGGGGCCACAGUGCUGCUCAGACCUCACCGUGUCAUUCCAUUAUGUGGAGGCAGAGCUGAUGUACAUUCUGGAGUAUUACACCUACCAUCUGAGAGCUUAUGGCUACGUACCGCGUUAUCUGCCUUCUGCUCGCCGCAGACAGAGGCUGGCCCCGCCGUUGAAAGCAGCCAAAAUUUUGAACUUAAAACUGGCUAAAGGGGUGAAGGACAAAGCCAAUCACACAGCAUCUGCUCUCGUCAGGGAAAACCAAGCGGCAGAAGAGAAGCGUGCAGAGAGGGGCACAGAAGAUAAUGCCAGUUUUAAUUUACCUAUAAAUAGGACUGCAAGCAGACAAGGCAGCCAUCAUUGAUUCCCUGCAGUUCUUCAGGCUGCUAAGUGAGCUUUAACUGCAGCGACUUCCAUAUCAUGACAGGGUGAUCAAAGAAGGAAACGUUUGCCUCUCAGAGGGUUGCUGCCUGUGUAUCAUACUGGCUGAAGUCCUCAAGCGAUGCCUCUUGGAUAUGAGAAUAUGUCAGUGUUUCACAGACAGUGCUCCCAGUGGGAGUUGAGACAAAUUAAUUAUGGCUCAGAGGCAGCUGUGUGUAGCCUGUUUUUAUUUAUUUUUUUCUUCUUCACCUAGCGUACCUGAUUGUUUUUGUUUUGUUUUAAUGUGUCUUGAUUUUAGACCCUGCCACUAUUAUUUUCUAGUGAUGCAGAAACAUUUUUACUUAAAACAUCGAUUUUUCCUAUUAAAUGCAACACACAUCCCAUUAUGAAGCUGGUUUCAGUCUUUCGUUUGACAUUUGUGUUACAUUUGAUUUUAAAUUAUAAUUCCACUUUUUUUUAAAGCUUUUUUUGCAUAAAUUAUUUUUGAUUACUUGGAGACCUUUAUCUUUCUAGUCAGGAUACUAAUUUGUUUUCAUCUGCUGCUCAUGAUUUAAUGUGUUUUUAAAAGCACAGUUGUUGUUACAGCCACAACUGUGCUGAAAUUUGUUUUUUAACUCUGAUGCAAAGCUCAUUUAAAUGCAACCUGUUUCAGAGUGGUAAUAAACAUAUAAUAUAUUAUACCAAUUUAAUAAGUGGUAUAAACACACAUUUCUAAUGAUGUACAACUUGUUGAGUCGUUUUGUAAUCCCAAAAGCUUGCAAGAAUACAUCAACAUUGAAUAAAAGUAAGACAAUGUAUACAAAAAGUUACUUUUAUUUUCAACUUUGAACAGAGGACAGAGAAAAUAAAGAAACUGAAAUUA